AGUUGCUUGUAAAAGAUGGGAAACAAAUCAUCCCUUUUGUUGCGCGAGGAAGAGAUUGCCCAGAUUCACGAAGAAACUGGAUUCACACCGAAUCAAAUCGAGCGACUGUAUUCCCGUUUCACUUCGCUCGAUCGUAACGACUGCGGAACGCUCUCGCGGGAAGACUUUCUUCGAAUUCCGGAGCUGGCCAUUAAUCCACUGUGCGAACGUAUCGUACAUUCGUUCUUUGCCGAUAGUAACGAUGAUCGGGUCAACUUUCGCCAGUUUACCCGUGUCCUGGCACACUUCCGACCGAUCAAGCCGAACAAGGAGAACCGGCUGAAUAGCCGCGAGGAAAAGCUACGCUUUGCGUUCAAGAUGUACGAUCUGGACGAUGAUGAAACGAUCUCGCGUGACGAGCUCCUGAACAUCCUGCAGAUGAUGGUGGGUGCGAACAUAAGCCAGGAUCAGCUGAACAGCAUCGCCGAGCGUACGAUCGUGGAAGCGGACACGGUUGGGGUGGGCAAAAUUUCGUUCGAAGACUUCUGUCGCGCACUGGAGCGUACAGAGGUGGAGCAGAAGAUGUCGAUCCGCUUUCUGAACUGAAGCACGCGGCCUGUGA